AAUGUGUUUGGCUGAGUGUUGGAGCAGUUUGGACUGUUAAGAUUUUGGAGAGCACAACAGGAGCCUCCACAUCCACAACUCUCCAAACCCAAACCAAAUCUGAACCCAAAUCCAAAUCAGAACCCCGAUCCUGAUCCACAUCCAGGUGACAGAUUGUCCUGAAACAGCAGAAAGAUGGCGAAGAAUACCAUGAGUGACGAUGAGAAGUUCCUCUUUACGGAUAAAGACUUUUUCAACAGCCCAGUGGCGCAGGCUGACUGGGCGGCCAAGAAGCUGGUGUGGGUUCCGUCAGAAAAACAUGGGUUCGAGGCUGCGAGCAUCAAGGAGGAGAAGGGUGACGAGGUGCUGGUGGAGCUGGUGGACAACGGCAAGAAGAUGACCGUUAACAAAGACGACAUCCAGAAGAUGAACCCUCCGAAGUUCAGUAAGGUGGAGGACAUGGCAGAACUCACCUGCCUGAACGAAGCUUCAGUUCUGCACAACCUGAGAGAGAGAUACUUCUCUGGACUCAUCUACACCUACUCCGGCCUCUUCUGCGUGGUGGUCAAUCCUUACAAAAUGCUUCCCAUCUACUCGGAGAAGAUCAUUGACAUGUACAAAGGCAAGAAGCGCCACGAGGUUCCACCUCACAUCUACUCCAUCACAGACAAUGCCUACAGGAGCAUGAUGCAAGAUCGUGAGGAUCAGUCCAUUCUCUGCACAGGUGAAUCAGGUGCUGGAAAGACGGAGAACACUAAGAAAGUGAUCCAGUACCUGGCGGUGGUAGCUUCAUCCCACAAAGGCAAGAAAGACACCAGUGCUCCACAUUCAGGACAACAGUUGGCCUAUGGGGAGCUGGAGAAGCAGCUUCUGCAGGCAAACCCAAUUUUGGAGGCUUUUGGUAACGCCAAGACCAUCAAGAAUGACAACUCAUCACGAUUUGGCAAAUUUAUCCGAAUUAACUUUGAUGUAACGGGAUACAUCGUUGGAGCCAACAUUGAAACCUACCUGCUGGAGAAGUCACGCUGUAUCAGACAGGCAAAGACAGAGAGAACUUUCCACAUUUUCUACUACAUGGUGGCAGGCGCAAAGGACAAGCUGCGUGAGGAGCUCCUGCUGGAGAGCUUCAGCAAUUACCGCUUCCUCGUGAAUGGCCACGUGCAGAUCCCAAGCCAACAAGAUGAUGAGAUGUAUGAAGAAACCAUGGAGGCUAUGAACAUUAUGAGCUUCAGCGAUGAGGAGAGAAUAGGCAUCCUCAAAGUGGUGUCCACUGUGCUGCAGUUGGGGAAUAUUGAGUUCAAGAAGGAGAGGAACCAGGAGCAGGCCACCAUGCCUGAUAACACCGCUGCCCAGAAGGUGUGUCAUCUCUCAGGCAUCAACGUGACAGACUUCACCAGAGCUAUUCUGACCCCUCGUAUCAAAGUGGGUCGUGAGGUUGUACAGAAGGCCCAGACCAAAGAACAGGCUGAUUUUGCAGUUGAGGCUCUGGCCAAAGCCACGUAUGAGCGUUUGUUCCGCUGGAUCCUGGGCCGGGUCAACAAGGCACUGGACAAGACGAAACGACAGGGAGCUUCCUUCUUGGGCAUCUUGGACAUUGCUGGCUUUGAAAUCUUUGAGGACAACUCGUUUGAGCAGCUGUGCAUUAACUACACCAACGAGAAGCUCCAGCAGCUCUUCAACCACACCAUGUUCAUCCUGGAGCAGGAGGAGUACCAGCGUGAGGGUAUUGAGUGGAACUUCAUCGACUUUGGCCUUGACCUGCAGCCCUGCAUUGAGCUGAUUGAAAGGCCGAACAACCCCCCAGGUAUCCUGGCCCUGCUGGAUGAAGAGUGCUGGUUCCCCAAGGCCACAGACAUCUCCUUCGUAGAGAAACUCACAAAUACUCAUGUCAAUCAUAUCAAAUUUGCUAAACCAAAGCAGCUGAAGGACAAGACUGAGUUUUCUGUGCUUCAUUAUGCUGGAAGGGUUGAUUAUAAUGCUGUAGCGUGGCUCACCAAGAACAUGGACCCACUGAAUGAUAACGUCACUUCUCUGCUCAACAACUCGUCCAGCCAGUUCGUGCAGGACUUGUGGAAGGAUGUGGAUCGAGUUGUUGGGCUGGAGACGAUCGCUAAGAUGUCUGACAGUUCCAUGCCAAGUUCCUCAAAGACAAAGAAGGGGAUGUUCCGUACUGUCGGCCAGCUGUAUAAAGAAUCCCUGGCCAAGCUGAUGACCACUCUGCACAACACACAGCCGAACUUUGUCCGCUGCAUCAUCCCCAACCACGAGAAGAGGGCAGGGAAGCUGGACGCUCACCUGGUUCUGGAGCAGCUCAGGUGUAAUGGUGUGCUGGAAGGUAUCAGGAUCUGCAGGCAGGGCUUCCCCAACCGCAUCGUCUUCCAGGAGUUUAGACAACGGUAUGAAAUUCUGGCAGCUAACGCGAUUCCUAAAGGAUUCAUGGACGGUAAACAAGCCUGCAUCUUAAUGAUUAAGCACCUGGAUCUAGACCCUAACUUGUUCCGAAUCGGGCAGAGUAAGAUCUUUUUCCGGACCGGAGUUCUGGCCCAGCUGGAGGAGGAGAGGGACCUGAAGAUCACUGUCAUCAUCAUCGCCUUCCAGGCCCAGGCCAGGGGCUUCCUCGCCAGAAAGGCAUUCGCUAAGAGGCAGCAGCAGCUGACAGCUAUGAGGGUGAUCCAGAGGAACUGUGCAGCGUACCUCAAACUCAGGAACUGGCAGUGGUGGAGACUCUUCACUAAGGUGAAGCCUCUGCUGCAGGUGACUCGUCAGGAGGAGGAGUUAAGCCUGAAGGAGGAGGAGCUUCUAAAAGCCAAAGAAUCCUCCCAGAAAUAUGAGACAGAGCUGAAGGACAUCAUACUGAAGCACACACAGAUGCUGGAGGAGCGUAAUGCUCUGCAGGAGCAGCUCCAGGCUGAGACAGAGCUCUAUGCUGAAGCUGAGGAGAUGAGGGUGCGCUUAGCUGCAAAAAAGCAGGAGCUGGAGGAGAUCCUGCACGAGAUGGAGGCGCGGCUGGAGGAGGAGGAGGACCGCAGCGCCGCCCUGCAGGUGGAAAAGAAGAAAAUGCAGCAGCAGAUCCAGGAACUGGAGGAACAUCUGGAGGAGGAGGAAGACGCUCGGCAGAAGCUACAGCUGGAGAAGGUGACCUGUGAGGGAAAAAUAAAGAAGCUGGAGGACGACAUCUUAGUGAUGGAGGACCAGAACAACAAAUUGCUGAAGGAGAGGAAGCUUCUAGAAGAGCGAGUGGCUGAUUUCAGUGCUAAUCUGGCUGAAGAGGAGGAGAAAUCUAAAAACCUCACCAAACUCAAGAACAAACAUGAGUCAAUGAUCUCCGAACUGGAAGUACGGCUGAAGAAGGAGGAGAAGACGCGUCAGGAGCUGGAUAAAGCGAAGAGGAAGCUGGAAGCGGAGUCUAAUGACCUUCAGGAGCAGAUUGCUGACCUUCAGGCUCAAAUUGCAGAACUGAAGGCCCAACUGGCCAAAAAAGAGGAGGAGCUACAGGCUGCUCUUGCACGGCUGGAAGAUGAGAUGGCUCAGAAGAACAACGCUCUGAAGAAGAUCCGUGAGUUGGAGGGCGUCAUCUCAGACCUGCAGGAGGAUCUGGAGUCAGAACGUGCCGCCCGGAAUAAAGCAGAGAAAACAAAGAGGGAUCUUGGGGAGGAGCUGGAGGCACUGAAGUCCGAAUUAGAAGACACGCUGGACACCACGGCAACACAGCAGGAGCUCAGGGCGAAGCGUGAGCAGGAGGUGACUCUGCUGAAGAAGGCGAUGGAGGAGGAGAGCCGCUGUCAUGAAUCUCAGGUUCAGGAGAUGAGACAGAAACACACGCAGGCUGUGGAGGAGCUCACGGAACAGCUGGAGCAGGCCAAGAGGGUGAAGUCUAACCUGGAGAAGGCGAAGCAGGCCCUGGAGAAGGAGACAUCAGAGAUGACAGUGGAGAUACGCUCGCUAACGCAGGCCAAACAGGACGUAGAACACAAGAGGAAGAAAGUGGAGGGUCAGCUGACAGACCUGCAGGCACGCUUCACCGACAGCGAGAAACAGAAGGCGGAGCUCGGAGACCGAGUGGCAAAGAUCACAGUUGAGCUGGAGAGUGUAACUAAUCUCCUGAAUGAAGCUGAGGGGAAGAACAUCAAACUGAACAAAGAUGUGGCCAGCCUCACCUCGCAGGUCCAGGACACACAGGAGCUCUUGGCAGAGGAGACAAGGCAGAAACUGCAGUUUUCCACCAAACUGCGUCAGAUGGAGGACGAGCGGAACAGCCUGCAGGAACAGCUGGAGGAAGAGACGGAGGCCAAGAGGAACGUAGAGAGACACGUUUCCACCCUCAACAUACAGUUGUCAGACUUUAAGAAGAAGCUGGAGGAGAUGGCGGGUAAUGUGGAACUCCUGGAGGAGGGAAAGAAGCGUCUGCAGAGAGACCUCGAGGCAUCUAAUACACAGUUUGAGGAAAAGGCGGCUGCGUAUGAUAAGCUGGAAAAGACCAAGAACCGCCUGCAGCAGGAGCUGGAGGACAUCCUGAUGGAUCUGGACAACCAGAGGCAGCUUGUGUCCAACCUGGAGAAGAAACAGAAGAAAUUUGACCAGAUGCUGGCGGAGGAGAAGAGUAUCUCCAGUAAGUAUGCUGAGGAGCGCGACCGUGCGGAGGCGGAAGCACGGGAGAAGGAGACGAAGGCGUUGUCUUUAGCCCGAGCACUGGAGGAGGCACAGGACGCUCGAGAGGAACUGGAGAGAGCUAAUAAAGCCCUGAGGGUUGAGAUGGAGGACCUUGUUAGCUCCAAGGAUGAUGUGGGCAAGAACGUUCAUGAGCUGGAGAAGUCUAAGCGUAGUCUGGAGGCUCAGGUGGAGGAGAUGAAGACCCAACUGGAGGAGCUGGAAGAUGAGCUGCAGGCGGCUGAAGAUGCUAAACUGCGCCUGGAAGUCAACAUGCAGGCUCUGAAAGCUCAGUUUGAGCGUGACUUGCAGGGCAGAGAUGAGCAGGGAGAGGAGAAGAGGAAGCAGCUCUUCAAACAGGUUCGUGAGCUGGAGACCGAGUUGGAGGAUGAGCGUAAACAGAGAGCUGCCAUGGCCGCCUCCAAGAAGAAGAUGGAGGGAGAUUUGAAGGACCUGGAGAGUCAGAUCGACACAGCCAAUAAGGGCAGAGAUGAGGCCAUUAAACAGCUGCGCAAACUCCAGGCCCAAAUGAAGGACUUCCAGAGGGAACUGGAAGAAGCCCGAGCAGCCCGAGAAGAAGUUCUGUCCUCAGCAAAGGAGAAUGAGCGGAAGGCUAAGAACCUGGAAGCUGAGUUGAUGCAGCUACAGGAGGACUUGGCUGCGGCAGAGAGAGCGAAGAAGCAGGCCGAAGCAGAGCGUGAUGAACUGGCGGAUGAGCUGGCGAGCAACGCAUCUGGAAAGUCAGCGCUGAGUGAUGAGAAGCGACGUCUGGAGGCGAAGAUUGCUCAGCUGGAGGAGGAGCUGGAGGAGGAGCAGGGCAACAUGGAGAUGCUGAAUGACCGUCUGAGGAAGAGCGCCCAGCAGGUUGACCAGCUGACCAAUGAACUGCAGACAGAGCGCUCCACCUCGCAGAAGAACGAGAGUGCUCGGCAGCAGAUGGAGAGACAGAACAAAGAGCUGAAGACCAAACUGCAGGAGAUGGAGAACCAGGUCAAAUCCAAGUUUAAAUCCUCUAUCUCCGCCCUGGAGGCCAAGGUGGCUCAACUGGAGGAGCAGUUAGAGCAGGAGAACAGGGACAAACAGGCCUCAGCUAAGACGAUGCGUCAGAAAGAGAAGAAGCUGAAGGACCUGAUGAUCCAGGUGGAAGACGAGAGGAAGCAGGCAGAGCAGUACAAAGACCAGGCGGAUAAGGCGAACGCCCGCGUUAAGCAGCUGAAGCGUCAGCUGGAGGAGAGUGAGGAAGAGUCUCAGCGGAUCACAGCCGCCCGCAGGAAGCUGCAGAGGGAGCUGGACGAGGCCAUGGAGACAAACGAUGCCAUGUCUCGAGAGGUCAACUCACUCAAGAGCAAACUCAGGCGCGGUAACGAGCCGUCCUUCAGCAGCACUACCAGACGCGCAGGCGGCCGCAGGGUGGUGGAGACCGCCGACGCUGCUGAGGACGACGCAGACAUGCAGGGUGACUACAACGGCACCAAAUCCGGAGAAUAGGGGCAUCACCCCCUCUCCCUCCCCCUCCCCCCUUAGCCUACUCCUGCCACCCUAACUCACUGUUUCAAACUCAAUGUCUGUUUAUGAGAAACCACAGAAUAUCAGAUUGUAAUUAUGUUUGACUCGUUUAGCUGCAAAAUCUGCUUUUUAUUCCCUUUGUCAGCACCUCCAUUUCUGAACGCUUCACUCGGACACUGUAAAAAUGAUUUAAUUUGUCAUUUUGAAUCAUUAAUACGGAGGGAGGGUGAUAAAAUCAAGUGAUAAAAUCAGGUGGUCAGUAAGAUCCACUUGACCAAAGUGACUUGCUUUAUGCUAUCACCUGCUUUGUCUUACACAGCAGACACUUUUUAAAUCUUAACAUUGAAGCAGCAGGUUCUCCUGUUCUGUCCUGCAGAGUUAUACUUGUAGUGUCCAGCACCGGCCUGUAAGAUUAUAUUCGGCACACUGGUAGUAAUUUGUAGUAAUGCUAGCGAUAAAGAGUCAGUCUGUCUGGUGGUUUCGAGCCUUCAGUGACCAUUUAAACGCUUUCCGUGAGACGGAGUGAAGCUUCGCACCACCAAACAGGAAGACUAGCAGUUCUUUUCUGAGCUCAUGACCUUUUUUUCCUUUUUUAUUUUCAAACUGUAUUUUGUUCCUUUAAAGAGCUAUUAGUGGAAAUAACACACGAGCCAGGUCAGUUCUAUAGCACUUUAUGAUCACUUUUAAUCUAUGCAGUCGAGUAUUUUACCAAAGAGUGUUGUGUUCUGCUGUCAGAACAACAGUGAACCAAAAUAAUAAACAUAUUUUAUUCUUCAGCACAGUAUAUUUAUAUAUUUUUAGAAAUUCCUGUUUGGAUAGUUUAAAGGCCUGUUUAGAUCCUAAUGGGUGUUUUAGUCCUGAUUAAAAUUUCAAAAUGUUUAUCCUCUAAAAGCACCUCCUUUAAGACCCUGAUACUAUUUUUUCAGACCCCUCCACUCGUCACCAAAAUGUAAUCUAGGGUUCUUAUCAGAACUGUUAUUUCACUUUUAUCUAUUCAUUUGUGAAACCACUUGCACAUUGAAAUAAAGUGUGGAAGAAACCGA